AUGAUCAAACACACCAUAAUAUCGCGGCUCGAUGGCCUUCAUUUGGUAGCCUCGGUCGACAAUAACCAGAAUGAUGCCGAGUUCAACGAGGCCACGAACAAAGUAAAGAUGUUACAGCGACGCCUAAACCGUAACGCCGAACAACAAGCGAGUAUAGAGAGCGGAAACUACACAUUCCACUACAUCAUCGAAGGCGACCUCUGCUUCCUCUGCAUAUGCGACCGCUCAUACCCGCGCAAACUCGCUUUCACAUACCUCUCCGACCUCCAACGCGAAUUCACCACUACAUACCAACCGCAACAGUACCUCUCACCCACAUGCCGACCGUACGAAUUCGUCGGGUUCGAUCAGUUCAUUCAGAGCACAAAGAAGACAUACCAAGAUUCGAGGGCGACACAGAAUUUAGACAAGUUGAACGAUGAGCUGAAGGAUGUUACAAAGGUCAUGACCAAGAACAUUGAGGAUCUGCUGUAUCGAGGAGACAGUCUGGAGAGGAUGGGCGAUAUCUCGAGCCGGUUAAGGGAGGACAGUAGGAAGUACAAGAAGGCUGCUGUGCGCAUCAACUGGGAGUUGUUGUUGAAGCAGUACGGACCCAUCGGCGGACUAGCCUUCAUCAUCAUCGUCUUCAUCUGGUGGAGAUUCUUUUAG